CUGGGCUGGAGUCCGGCCAGGGCAGAGCAAAGGCAGUACAAAUCCACCGGCUGGGUGCGAGGGCGAAGCCACCCAAACAGGAGCUAAGAGGCACUUCUCAAGAAGAUUCUGCCUACUCCAAAAUCUUUCUUCUUUUUUGUUGAGGAGCUAAGUGUUAGCUAGUUUUUAUUCUCUUAUUUUAUUUAAAGGGAAACCAGUGAACUGAAAAUGAGACUAAAUAUUGCCAUCUUCUUUGGGGCUCUCUUUGGUGCUUUGGGGGUUUUACUCUUUUUGGUUGCUUUUGGAUCAGAUUAUUGGCUUCUCGCGACUGAAGUGGGAAAGUGUUCAGGUGAACAGAAUAUAGAAAACGUCACUUUCCACCAUGAAGGAUUCUUCUGGAGAUGUUGGUUUAAUGGGGUUGUGGAAGAGAAUGAUUCCAAUAUCUGGCAGUUCUGGUACACCAAUCAGCCACCAUUGAAGAACUGCACGCAUGCUUACCUGUCGCCGUAUCCCUUCAUGAGAGGAGAGCACAACUCGACCUCCUAUGACUCUGCAGUUAUUUACCGUGGCUUCUGGGCCAUCCUGAUGCUUCUUGGGGUAGUUUCUGUGGUGACUGCGAGCUUUUUGAUCAUCUGCGCAGCCCCCUUCACCAGCCAUCUUCUCUAUAAAGCCGGGGGAGGCGCCUACAUCGCCGCAGGCAUCCUGUUUUCCCUGGUGGUGAUGCUGUAUGUCAUCUGGGCCCAGGCAGUGGCUGACAUGGAAAGCUACAAAAACAUGAAAAUGAAAGACUGCUUGGAUUUCACCCCUUCUGUGCUGUACGGCUGGUCAUUUUUUCUGGCCCCAGCGGGGAUAUUCUUUUCUUUGCUAGCUGGAUUACUAUUUCUAGUUGUUGCACGGCAUAUUCAGUUUCAUCACUAAUCAAACUGUUGCCACCAGUAUUUUCUUGAGAGAUUUUAACUCAGAGCAUUAAAAAAAAAAAUUUGUCUCCAUGAUCCUAGCAUAGAAUGAGUUGAUGUAACUUUUUAGCUGCUAUGUGAAUUAUCCAUUUUACUUGUGAUCUUCUCUGAUAAGAGGGUCCUAGAAUCUCUCCAGACUCCAUCUUGCUUUUAUCUUAUCUAAGUGCUCUCAAGAAUCUAGUUUUUUAGGGAACAGGUAACAUGGGCCUUCCCUUCACUGCACUUGUUAGAGUUUGCGGGUAACAAAGGCCUGGCAGUAGCAGAAAACAGUCACCAGGGGCAAAUCAUGAUUUGAGUUAAGUGUCUUCCUUGGCAUUCACUUCUGCUGCUAUUAAAAAAACCCUUUGGAAUCCCAUAUCUGAUAAGAGGUUAAUAUCCAGAAUAUAUUAAGAACUCCUACAGCUUAACAACAAUAACAGCAACAAUAACAAAGCAAAUACCAGAUUUUAAAAGGGGCAAAGGACCCAAGCGGACGUUUCUCCAAAGAUGAUGUACAAAUGGCCAAAAGAAAAAAUAAAGUCCUUUGGAGAUUAAUUAAGAACAACAAACAAAUGUUGUCAGAGAAUUUACUCCAUUUCUUCUCCACACACAUAAAUAUCCACAUACACGUAUACUGACACCUGUGAGCAGAUUAUUCCUUAUUUAAAAAUAGCAGUUGUUCUCGUAGCAGGGGCUGCGUGAAUUCAUCAAUUACAAUGGGUCACAACAAAAACAACACGUACUUAUUCCGCUUUCUUACCAAAAACAAGUUUGGUUAUGUAAUGUAUUCACUUAAUUGUGCAUGCUUACAUAAAUCUUAAACUAUAUUUAAAAGAAGCAAAUCUGUACACCAAACCACAUACAAUGAAGAUUGGAUUUUUAUGAACUCAAAGUGGGUUAAUUGUAUAUGUAAUAUGGUUGAAAACAUGUAAAAACCAAGCGCCUUCACUUCGUACAUAAUUCUAUUCGAUAUUUUUAGAUUUCAUUUAAAAAUUAUAUUGCUAAUAUGUUCAGCAUGUGAAAAUUUAUUGAUGAAAUGUGCUUUUAAUAUGCACUCAACUCUAAACUUUCGAAAUACUUCCAGAUGAGGAUGAUAACAGCCUUGCUUUAUUAAAGACCAUGAAAUGUGAACUUUUCCCAAGGUCUUAUGGGUUAUAGUUCUUCUGAUCUUUUGAUUCCCUUAACUAUCGUCCCUCCCCGUCUUCAGCUUUACAGCAGGUAUGUUAACAUUUACAGAUCUGCUAUUUCCUUUAACCUCUUGGAAGAUAACUUUCUGGGGAUGGUUGUGGGAAUGAU